CUCCAACUAAGCUAAGAGAGAUAACACCUCUCGUUACCUUUUCUUCUAACUAAUCAAACCAAUCUAUUUUUUUUAACAAAUAAAAUAUAUUUUUUUCUAAUUAAUAACCAAACAUUAUUUCCUCACUUUAACAGAAUCAUGAAAACUCUUUCUCCUCCGACAUUUUCUAGAUCCAGAUAUCGUACUCAGACAUGAGAGGUUAGAGAGAUUGAAGCCUAAUCUCUCCAUCUGAAAUUGUCCCUAGUACCUUUUAUCACUUUCGCUUUUCUCGAUUUCUAUGUUUCGAUGAAUUUCAAUUUCAAUUUUUAAAUCCAAAAAUCUCGAUGGUAGUGAAUACAGUGGAGGUGAAAGACGUGAAGGUGGUGGUAGAGGAAACGGUGGAUACCGAGAUGGAGGCGGUGGUGGUUACGGAGGCGAUGGCGGAAGAUGUGAGUGUGAAUACAACGGUGAUGGUUUGUGGGAUGUGGCUACUCAAGUGGAGAAGAUGGUGGCGGAUACGGUGGAGAAAGCGGUGGAUACGGUGGAGGAAGCGGUGGAUACCGCAGUGGAGAAAUCUCGAUGGUAGUGAAUACAGUGGAGGUGGAAGACAUGAAGGUAGUGGUAGAGGAAACGGUGGAUACCGCGAUGGAGGUGGUGGUGGUUACAGAGGCGAUGGUGGAAGACGUGAGUGUGAAUAUAAUGGUGGUGGUCUGUGGGAUGUGGCGGUGGUGGUGGAUAGCAUGGUGGAGAUCGUAGAACAAGAGUGAAAGUUGUGGUGGUUAUGGUUAUGGAACUGGUAGAUACAAAGAUGGUGGAUACGGAAGUUGUGGAUACGGAAAAAGAUACAGUGGAUGCGGAAGAUUUCAGGGUGCAAAAUAGGAUGGUGGAGGCCGUGGUGGUGGUGGAUAGAAGAAUGAAGAUUGUUAUGGUUAUGAAUACGGAGGUGGUAGUGGAUGGCGUGGUGGAGGUGACGGUAGAUACUGGGAGUUGUGGUGGUUAUGAAUACAUAAAUGGUAGAUACAAAGAUGGUGGAUACACAGGUUGUAGAUAUAGAAAUGGAUAUUGUGGAUGUGGAAGAUUUCUGGAUGUGAUGGAGGCUGUGGUGGCGAAUAAUAACAAAUAAUAUAUCAUAAACAAAAUAAAAAAUAAAAUGGUUAGAUCUUGUUUUUUA